AUGCGAAUUGGGCUAUCUUACGGCCUGUUAGUUUCCGGAGCUGAGGCCUCUUUCACAAAUGAAGGAGGUGACCGAGACGCACCAUUACAAACCAUCGGCCCCCUAGUUACAGAUGCUCAGCUGGAUGUUGAGUGUGUUAAUCAAGGGGUCUCGGCUUCGCACUACAAAAAUUUGGCCACAUGUACUCUGCGUGAAUAUGUCAAUCUUCCGACCGAUACGGAUUACUUAUACACGGCCAAUACCCCGGAAUCUCUUAGAGCAUGUUACAUUCGAAUGCGCCAACUUUACGAGAUGGUUUCUCAGGAUCGGAUUGGCAAGGCUACAUUAUUGAAGAACUUGAACUAUGCGAUCAAUGUCAUGGAGACCGCAUAUGUGGCAGAGAAAAAACGCAUUCGCGAGGAAGAGGAAGAUUUAUCCGAGGCCGCAACAGAGUAUGUUCCGGACGAAGUUCGCGAUUGGCUCGCGUCCACAUUCACAAGAACGCAAAACAAUGUGGGCAUCGGCGAUCAGAAACCACGCUUCCGCAGUGUUGCCAAUGCUAUUCGUGCUGGUAUAUUCGUGGAAAGAAUCUACCGACGUAUGUCCAGUUGCUCAAAUUUGGUUAUUCCACCAAAUGUAUUAUUGUUCCUUAAGGCUGAACUGGAUACUUGGUCAUUUGACGUGUUCUCACUGAACGAGGCCAGUGAGAAUCAUGCGUUGAAGUUUGUCGGCUACGAACUGUUCCACAAAUACAACCUAAUCAAUAAGUUCCAGAUCAAUACAACAAGCCUGGAGAGUUUCUUCAUUCAGCUUGAAAUCGGUUAUAGCAAAUACAGCAACCCGUAUCACAACCUGGUACAUGCGGCGGAUGUGAUGCAAACGUGUCAUAUGGUGUUAUUUAUGAACGAACUAAGGGUGAGUUUUUUGUAUGAAAGAAUACUAGCCUUCAACUUUUUUUUCUGA